AUGGCCUCUUGCUCAGAGUUUAUUCAAGAUUUCCAGGAAGAGCUCAUUUGCUCCAUCUGUAAGGAUUAUUUCACCAACCCGAUGACCAUUGAGUGUGGCCAUACUUUUUGCCAUAGUUGUCUCUUCAGCUGGGAGAAUGAAGCCUCAAACUCUUUCUUCUGUCCAGAGUGCAAGGUUGUUUCUCAGGUGAGAGAUUUCGUAGCCAAUGUGCGUCUUGGGAAGCUGGCAGGAAUUGCCAAAAAACUAAGACUCCAGUGUUUUCAGAACCCUGAAAGAUAUAGCUAUCAGAAAGAGCAGAAGUUUUUCUGUGAGAAUGACCAAAGCCUUUCUUGCUUAUCUUUUUCUGAGUCCCAGAAACAUAAGGCUCAUGCCCUCAACUGCAUAGAUGAGACUACUCAGGACAUCAGCAAAAAGCUUCAAGAAACUCUGACAGAUUUGAGGGAAAAAUUGAAGAAUGUUGAACAACAAAUGGCUAAUGAGGAGCUUAAAUUGGCACAGUUCGAGGAAGAGAUGACAAUUCAAAAGGGAAAUAUUUCUUUGGAAUUCCAGAAACUACACGUUUUCCUGGGAGAGGAAGAAGCUGAGUGUCUAUCAUUUGUGCAGAGGCAAGAAAAGGCUAAUUUGGAAGGCCUGAAGAAGAGAAUAAGGAGACUUUCCCAUCAGAGUCAAGAGUUAAGUAAGAGGAUCACUGAGAUAGAUGAAGAGUGUAGGAAACCAGAUGUGGAUUUGCUCCAAAAUAUAAAAGGAACAUUAAACAGGAAUAAAUAUCUGCUCCAGGAAGAAAUAGAGAACUUUGCUCUAAGAAUGAUUAUCUAUCCCAUCCCUGGAAUUAUAGAAAUGCUUUUAAAAUUCAAAAUUGAUAUCACUCUGAAUGGUAACACAGCUAGUCCAGGUCUCAUCAUCUCUGAAGAUUUGAAGAGUGCAAGAUAUGGAGGUACCCAGCUGGAAGUGCUCAAUGAGAACCACACCAAUUUUGCCAAAGUUUGUGCUGUUCAAUACUUCAUUUCAGGCAGAUUCUACUGGGAGGUGGAGGUUCCAAGCAACACUGAAUGGGGUGUUGGCAUCGCUAAAGGACAAAAUCUAUUUGAAGAAUUCUUUGUGCUUAUGGCUACACAGAGUCAAAAUGGCUUCAAACUUUAUGCCCUAGGCAAGUGCUAUGUUUCUUCUGAACCUGAUGUGAAAUAUUGCUUUAACUGUAUCACCCAACUAGUGGGCACUGACCUUGAGAAAGCUGUUCAGACUAUGCACACUGAAUUAAAAGAGAAAUGUUUACUGAACAAUCCGCACUAG